GCUGGAGGAUAGCAAGCAAGUAAGAAACGGGUGUUAUGCACGGGAAAAAAGCCUAGUAACUAAUCCUCCAUAUUUGGAGUCGGAAGAAAUAGAUCAACAAAAAUGGGAUCAUCGAUAAACAUCAUGCCUAUUUCCUCUUGUGAACCUCAGGAGCCUGAAGAGAAUAUCACUCACAUGGAUGCUUCUCUGUAUAAGGCAGCAGCAGAAGGCAACAUUGAAGUAUUCAAUAAUAAGCAGGGGCUUCAACUUGAGUCUCUAAAGACCCCAAACCAUGACAACCUGCUCCAUGUUAACUUGGCAAGCCAGGAGUUUGCCAAAUUCUCAACAAUCAAAAUCUUCUCCGUCGGAUUUGUAUCAUCCUAUCCGUUUUUGAAUUCUUUCGUUACUACGAGAGAAAGAGAAAAAAAAUCAGAUUUUAUCGAACAAAUUCUCAGCAAGUGUCCGUCACUGCUACUCCAAACGAAUGCUAAAGGUCAAACUCCUUUGCACCUUGCAGCAAGGUAUGGACAUUCUGCUAUUGUGAAACUUCUAAUCAAGUCUUGCGCAAAAGCUAGAGAUGGGGAUUUAGAGCUGGGAAUGGAUCAAGUAAGUGCAGUGAGGGAGAUGCUGAGGAUUACGGAUCAGGAAUCCAACACGGCUUUACAUGAAGCAGCAGGGUGUGGCAAUGUUGAAGUGGUAAAAGCAUUGUUGGAGUUUGAAGACCCUGAUUUUCCGUAUUCUGCCAACAAAAAACAGGAGACUCCACUUUACAUAGCAGCUAAGAGAGGAGACGGGGGCGUGCUGAGUGUACUAUUAGAUAAAUCGACACCAGCAGCUCAUGGCGGCCCCCACGGUAGAACAGUUUUGCAUGCAGCAGCUAUGGCUACAGAUGCAGAGGCAAUAAGGGUAAUAUUAGAGAAGAAGGGGAAUUUGGCAAGGGAAAGAGAUGAAGAUGGGCACACCCCUCUUCAUUAUGCUGCACACAUAGGUGGUAGACUAUCAGUUGUUGAAGAACUGUUAAAAAGGGAUGUAUCAGCUGCCUAUAUAGGUGAUAAAAAGAGGGGGAUGACACCCCUUCUUAUGGCAGCCAGGCAAGGCUAUCUUGGAACAGUUUCAAAGAUUCUCUCCUAUUGUCCAGAUUGUUGUGAAAAAGUGGACAACAACGGUUUGAAUUUUCUUCAUUAUCUGGCUUUUAGAGGCUAUUCCUAUCCAUUAGAGCUUUCUCUUUUCAAGCGUGGUGAUAUUGAGAUUUUAUAUGGAUCACUCAGAAAUCUCAGAAAGUGGGAAGGUGCCUUUGAGAUGACACCUCAAGAAGUUUAUAAUGCUCUUGAGGAAGAGAAAAAUAAUCAUAAACAGGUGUGUUUGCCCAUAUUUAUUACAUUUCCAUGGCUAUGGUUUUAUUAAUAUUCAAGUUUUGAAUCAACAUAUUUAACAAACCUACAAUACAAUGGGUUAAUGUGGCUGGCGUAACAGGAGCAAAUCAAUGAAUUGUUGAAAGAUAUUGAGAAUGAUCAAGUGGCGGAGAAAUCAGUUCAUCCCUUUCGCUCGCCAACUAUCUCUACACCCUUUCGCUCGCCAACUACCUCUGCAGAAAGCUUGGAGAAGAAA